AUGGAAAAUAUGGCCAAGAAGACCCUUGAUGGCCCUCAGCAAUACACAGUCGCUUGGCUCGCUGCUUUACCUUCAGAGCGUACCGCUGCUGAGAUACUCCUUGACGAGAAGCACGAAAAGCCCGCAGGAUUCACUAAACAUGUAGCUGAUACCAACUCUUAUACGUGGGGCCGUAUGGGGAAGCAUAACAUCGUGAUUGCUUCCCUGCCUUCUGGAGAGUAUGGGGAAAUAGCCACUGCAGACAUGACUGGCGGGCUUCGAGCCUCCCUUCCCCAUAUUCGUGUCGGCUUGCUUGUUGGUAUAGCUGCGGGAGUUACAGGAGAGCGAGAAGAGUCAGAGGGGAAGUUCUCGAUAGAUCGCGACAUUCGUCUAGGAGAUAUUGCUGUGAGCAAUCCGGACAAGGCCAAUGGCGGAAUCGUGCAGUACGAUCUUUACAAAGCCAAGGUUCGCAAGGUGCAGAAUCCAGACGGAAGUGUCAGAGAUGAAAGCUACAUGGAAGCGAAAGGGUUCGUGAAUGCACCGCCAAGAGCGUUGCGUAGCGCUCUUUCCGCCUUGCAGGCGAAACAUGAGUAUGACGAGCCCCGGGUCGCGCAUCACCUUGAGAAGUUCAAGCGCAACAAGAAGACCAGGACCUUCACGUAUCCGGGGGCCAUGAAUACAGAAGAUGGAAGUGACGUGGACGAAUCAGACGAGGGAGAUUCAGAUGACGAGGAUCCGCUGCGUGUAGCCAUCAGCGAGAAACGUGCUACCCUCCGAUCUGGAGCUAAGCACAAGAAGCUCAAACGGAGGACCGAGCCUGCUAUCCAUUACGGCACAAUCGCUUCGGGGAACACGUUAAUGAAGGACAAAGCGAAGCGGAACGACCUUUUGUCUUCCUUGAAGGCGAACAACUUCGAGCCUAUCUGCUUCGAAAUGGAAGCUGCUGGAAUCAUGAGCUCUUUUCCAUCUCUAGUUAUCAGAGGCAUAUGUGACUACGGAGACGAACGGAAGAACGACGCAUGGCAAAAAUAUGCAGCUGCUACUGCAGCGGCUUUUGCAAAGGAGUUUCUGGAGUGUCUCGACGCCGAAGAGGUCGAGCAGGAGGAACCGAUUUCCCGUGUUGAGAAGUUAGUAGAGCAGCUGGAGAAGCACGUUGCAGACUAUCGACAUCAGCAGAUGGACAAAUGGCUCUCUCCUCCAGACCCGUCGACAAAUUUCAACAAAGCCAAGGAAUUAAGACACCCCAAGACUGGACGCUGGUUCCUUGAAAGUGAACAAUACGAGGACUGGCGAACGAACGUACACUCGUCACUCUGGCUGCAUGGUCUCGCUGGGUGUGGCAAGACGGUCCUCAGCUCCACUAUCAUUGCAGAUGUACAGGAGAGAAGCGAUGAGACUGWCCUCUUCUUCUUCUUCGACUUCAACAAUUCCGACAAGCAGUCUUUUGAGAAGAUGCUGCGCUCACUCAUCUCGCAGAUCUACCUUCAGUGCGAGGGCUCCCGGAAGCACUUGGAUCAUCUCUAUCUGACCUGCGCAGGCGGAGGCAAGCAACCCGAGACGGGACUGCUGAUCAUGACUUUACAGUCCAUGAUCAACGAAUCGGAGACCCUUUAUAUUGUGCUGGAUGCCCUGGAUGAAUGUAAAACAAGACACGAGUUGCUUGAUUGGCUCGAAGGUCUUCCCCGAGACAAUGUACACCUGAUUCUCACCAGCCGCAAAGAAUACGACAUCGAGACCUCUCUCGCCGAAUGGAUGCCCACUGCAGCUACCAUUCCUAUCCAGAACAAGCCAGUUGACGAAGAUAUUCGCGCUGUCAUUCAGAGCAGACUCGCCGAAGAUAAGGAGUUACGGCGAUGGCAAUCCUCGAAGCAGGUCCGCGAAGAGAUCGAGACGAAACUAAUGGAAAAGGCCGAUGGGAUGUUCCGCUGGGCGGUAUGCCAGCUGGAUGCGCUCCGGACUUGUCUUGACCUUCCCACCCUCAAGGUUGCACUCGCAUCUCUUCCAAAAGAUCUGGAUGAAGCUUAUGCACGAAUCUUGAAGAGCAUUCGUCAAGAAGGCUAUGAACGCAAUGCAAUCAGGCUACUUCAAUUCCUCCUCUACACGGACCGGCCGCUACUGCUUGAGGAGGCCGUGGAUGCAAUCGCAGUAUAUCCCAAUAUCGAUGACUGGAAGAAUGGGUUCCAGGAGCAGAACCGCAUGCCGAAUCCUGACGAAAUUGUCAGAUACUGCUCUAGCUUGGUCCAACGCACAUCAAGAGUCGUUGGGUAUAAACGCCAAGAUACAGAGGCUGCCAGUGUCGGCUAUGAAGAGKGCCAAUCUGUAAGUGAGCUACAGCUGGCCCAUUUCUCGGUGAAAGAAUAUCUCGUGUCGGCGAGGCUCGAGGAGAGUUUCCAGACGUCUCUCGGUGAAUGCUGCGCAAGAGCUGCGCUUGUCGAGGUAGGCCUAUCCUACAUGCUUGCAGCUUCAGGUAUCCACCGCGUUGAGGAAGAUUCAUCUCGGGUAUUACCACUGGCCAGAUUAUCAGCACAGUCUUGGAUGGAUCACGCCAGAAAGGUAGAGGCGCGCGACGAAACCGUGAUGAAUUGGAUUUGUAAGCUGUUCACAACGCCAGCUGCAUAUCGCUAUUGGCUCCAGCACUUCAACCCWGAGCGUCCCAUGCAGCUAGCGAAGGACUGCACAGAGCAGCUUGGCGACAUGUCWGUGCUCCCUAUUCCGUUGUAUUAUGCAUCUCUAGCUGGAUUAUCCAGAUGUGUAAAGUGGCUGAUAGAUCAAGGGAGCGACGUCAAUGCAAAGUGCAAAGCAGACAAGUACGGGCGCUGUACUUACGCGCUAAUUGCUGCUUCAUAUGGAGGUCACGAGCAGGUAGUACAGCAACUACUUGACAAAGGUGCCAACGUCGAUGCUGAAGGCUACUAUUCCGGCUCCGCACUACGGAUUGCUUCUUUUUCUGGCCAUCUGGCGGUAGUGCAGCUUCUACUCGAUAGACACGCCGACAUCAACCAUAGGACCCAAGGAGGGCAUGAAUCCGCAUUAUAUGCUGCGUCUGAGCAGGGUCAUGUAGGUGUAGUGCAGCUCUUACUAAACAAUGGUGCCGAUGUCAACCUCGACGGCGGACUCCAUGGCUAUCCGCUACAUGCUGCUUGCGUACGGGCUCACGAAAGCGUCGUGCAACUACUUCUGAGAAGUGGGGCGAAUGCGCAUGCCAAUAACAAGCGUGGUAACGUCCUCGCUUCCGCCUGUUUUGGCGGGUCCGCGAAGAUCGUGCAGCUAGUGCUCAGUCGCGGGCUUGAUGUCAACGCCGACAAUGGAGCAGCACUAAAGGCUGCCUGUCAAAAACGUCAAGGGGGAGUGGCGCGAAUACUGCUAGAUGCAGGAGCAGACGCCACUGAGCAGGCUUUUGGCUUUGCUUCCCACCGUGGUCGGGAGAAGGUAGUGCAGAUGCUACUAGAUGCGGGGGCAAAAGUCACUGCUUCGAUCCUCGAGAGUGCUGCCAGCAACGGCCACGAGAAGAUAGUGCAGAUACUGCUAAAUGCGGGGGCGGAAGUCAGUGCAAAGGCCAUUGAGAGCGCUUCUUGGCAGGGCCAUGAGAAGGUAGUGCGACUACUGCUACAUGCGGGAGCAUACGUUACUGCGAGCGCCAUUAUCGCUGCUUCCACUCGUGGCCACGAGAAGACAGUACGAGUAUUGCUAGAUGCGGGAGCCGAUGUCAAUGCGAGAGACACAUAUGGUCAGACUGCUCUUCAUUGGGCUUCGUACAAGAAUGCCAAGGAAGUGAUGCCCAUGAUUCUUAAUGCAGGAACAGAGGUUGAUGCCGAAGACAGCAAAGGGAGAAGCUCUCUUCUGUGUGCCUCCCGUAUGGGCCAUGCAGAUAUAGUGCAGAUACUCCUAGAUGCGGGAGCGGACGUCAACGCUCACACCGAAGAUGGCAGUGCUCUUGAUCACGCUAGCCAGGGAGGCCAUGGAGAUGUCGUGAAGAUACUGCUGGCCGCGGGAGCGGACGUUCAUGCGGGUGGUGGACACUGA